GCAACAGAACACAGUAACUUACCAGAGAGGGGUGACUAAAAUCCCACUUGUCAGACUGGAAACAGAUAUCAGCUUCUGCCAUUGUUUUUCAGUUGAUGUAUAUUUUGCCCUACCGCUGAAAAUGUCGAGCUUUAUCGAUAAGGCCUUAUUCGAUAUGGGCUGGGAUAAGCGGUUCGCCAUCCCAGAGCUCAACGCCGAAAACCGUGCUCUUCUCCAACAGGUUCAUGAACAAGAGAUGGAGCUGAUGCAAGUGAACAACCGACUCGAGGGUGCCAGGAACAAAAAGAAAGACAUGGCAGAGUGGCUGAAAAAUGCCAAACAAGAGCUGGAAAAUUCAGAGGCACUGUUGAAGGCAAAGGAAAGAGAUUUAGAUCUGGAGAAACAUUUGACAGCCCUUGCAGAAAGAGACUCGGGUCGCCUGACUCAGCAAACAGCCAAGACUGAAAACGAGCUCCGGUCAUCUGAAGAGCGUAAAGACAUGAUAGAGAGCAAGCUGUUCAAAGCCAAACAAAAGCUUGAGGAGUUUCGGCAUCAGAUGAACUGGGACCAGCAGACCAUGGAAGCCUUUUUGGAGGAGUCAUCACAGAAAGACGAGGACACGAUGGCCAUCACUAAGUACGCUCAACAAGAUGAGCAGAAGAUCAAGUCACUCACUGUGAAUAUUGAGAAGAAGACACUGGAGGCCCAUGAAAAGCGCAAAGCACUUGACAAAGAGUUGACUGAAACUAUAUCUGCACAGAUAGCUUUGGAUAAGACCGCGGAGAGUUUGCACCAGGCUAACGUGGAGACACAGCAGCUCAUCCAGCAGUUUGAAAACAGCAUCAGGCAGAUGAAGCAACAGGAUGCUGAGCUGCAGCAGUGUGCGCUGCAAGUUGCCCAGGGUAACCAGAGCAUCAGAGAGAGGAAUACCACCAUUGCAGAGAAAAAGCAUUUACUGGAUAUCAUGAGGAACAACAACAGGGAAACGGAGCGGAAAAUAACCAUAACGAACAAAAAGGCAGCAAAAAUGCGGCAGGUUCUGAAGGAACAGGAGAAUCAGUGCAUCAGGCUGCAGAGUGAGCUGGACGGCCGCAAAUGCUCACUGGACAGAACGACCUCUGAGGUGGAGUCUUUGACAGCCCAAAUAUCCAGAAUGAAGAAAGAUCUUCAGGACAACAAUGAGAAACUGAAAGAGGCCAGGGCCUACAAUAACGCACUGGAGGAGAAGCUGAACCUUGUGACCCAGACUGCCCUCAGCGAGAAGGAGACGGCAGCUCAGAUGGAACAGAUCCUCAAGGAGGAGGAGCUGGCGAUCAAGGAGUUGAAUGCUCGAAUGGGUGACCUCAUAGAGGAGCUGAGUCGUCAGAAAGACCAUCUGCAGGCUGUCAAAAGGAAAGAGAGGGAUUAUGUUGCACAGGUUUCAAGGAGCAAAACCACCAUAGCUUGCCUGGAGAGGCAGCACAGAAAACUGGACAAAGAGCUCACUAGACAGAUGAGUACCAUGAAUAAGCAGGACAUCGAGAUCACAAUGCUGAAGAGAAAACUUGCUCGCCUGCAAGGCAACGUUGACUCAGAUGAAAAAGAAAUUUUAGACACUAAGAUUGCCGAAAUGACCAAAGAUUUGGAGGACAAGAAAAGGACGGCCAGAACUCUUGGCGGCUCGCUCAAAGAGUGUGAGGAUGACAUUCGCUGUUUAAGGAAAGAGGUUAGAAAGUCCGAGGCUCAGAAGAGAGAUCUGACGGAUAAGGUUGAGGAGCUGAUGCUCCUCUGCAACACCAGCGAGAAGGAACUGAAGAGAUUCAAACUAAAGAAAGAGGACAACAUGGUGGAGCACAAAAUGAUCAAGCUAGGCGUCAAGCGCGUGAGGGACAUGCUGUACAACAAGGCCGACUGCGUGCUGUCCUUAGAGAAGAGGAAGCUGGAGCUGCACAGAGCCAUGAAAGAGAAGGAGGAGGAGAUCGAGGAAUACAUCAAAAUCGUCAGCCAGCAGCUCAAAAUAAGCGAACAGGAGAGGCAGAAGCUCAGCGCUGGACUCAACGAGAAGCUAACCAAGGUCAACAAGAUGAGGAAGCAUUUCGAGGUUAUGGAGCUCUCAAUGGCCCCGCCUGAGGGGGAAGAGGAGAAGUCACAGGCCUAUUACAUCACAAAGGCUGCGCAAGAGAAAGAGGAGCUCAGGCAGAAGGGGGAUGAGCUGGACGCCAAGAUCCGCAAGAUGGAGCUGGAAACCAAAGCUCUGGAGAACACCAUCCGGCUGUUCGACAGCCGCAGCGCGGCGUUCCGCCAGUCCCUCAGCAAAGUGGAUAAGUCCAGUCCAGAGUACCAGGAGAACCUGAAGCUGGAGGAGCAGCUGAGGGCGACGGAAGAGACGCUGAAAUACAAAAAACAUCAGGUCCAGGAGCUUCAGCUGGACCUGCAGGACAUGAACAAUACCCUGGAGAGUCUGCUUCAAGAAAAGCAGGAGGAGAAAGAUAAGAUCGCUCACCAACAAUCGCUCAUCGGAAAACUAAACAAAGAAGUCACCAGCCUGCAAGAGAAAAUAGACCGAGCCACAAAACAGUGCUCCACCUUAAUCAAAGAGAUCCGCUCAGCAAAGAGCACCAGAGAAGAGACGCUUGAGGAGAAGGACAUUAGGCUAAAGGAGGUGAACGAAUUCAGCAAGAGUUUGGACCGGAUGCUCAGUGAGGCGAUGGAGGAAGAUCCAGGCCUCAGAGCAGUGCUGGAGAAUUACUACCAGCAGGCCGGCCUGACCCUUCCAGCUCCUCCUUCCGCUCCCUCCAGCCGCCGCAGCUCUGCCACAAACUCCCCCGCGAGCUCCUCUUCUCUCAGGGCUCCGUUGUCCUCAGCCAGCAGCAGCCCCAGAAGCUCCGGGCUUCCCUCUCCCUCCAUGAACACGGUGGUUCUGGGUCUGGAGCUGCCUUUGGCGUCGCCACCUCUCACCACCUCCAGAUGCUCAGGAAGCAGCGGAAGCAGCAGGAGCAGCAGAGGCAGCGAAAAGUCAAAGAACCUUUAGUGCUCCGUUCCUCCGAUGGUUGAUUUGAUUUCUUUACUCAGAGAGAUAAUAUGAUUACAUACUUAAGUUUUUUUUUCUUUUGUUGUUCUAAGAAUGCAACUUACAGAAAUCUCAAUAAAAAAGAUUUUGUUUGCAUGUGUCAUUUGAUUUGUGGACUUUAAUGGAGUUUAAGAGCAACUCUUAACUUUCAUGCCAUAACUGAUUAAUAUGUCAUUUAAAAAGAGAAUCGUAAAUUCCUCUUCGGGAAGCAUUGACCCCUGGGAAUAAGUGUGCCUGUACAUUCUCAGUGAACAGUAUCAUGGACUUUGAAAUCAAAGUUUCCUUUCACUUGAACUCUUUAUUUAUAAUUAUUUUUGCCUUGUUCUAAAUCCGGGCAAGGACCAGGAAGUUUUUUAUCCCUGGAGCAGCCUGGAGAAGCUCUUCCUCAAAGCUUUAAGGAUGGAGGUGGUUUUUCCUGCACUGGGCGUUUUUCUUUUGCUGUCUCCUGCAGAAGGAGGUUGGUCCCUUUGCUCCCAGAGCCUCAGCGUAGCUUCCUGAGAGCUUCUCCAGCUCUUUUCUGAGUGCCUCCGCUCGGCCCACGUGGUUUCUGCCACCAGCUGCUUCACCUCCUCCUGGCGGGCUGUGAUGUUCUCCACAAUUUUCUCCAGGGCGCUGGGAAUCUUGUUCAUAAUUCUUCUCUCUUCAGCUUCUCGACUUAAACGUCUGCCAGCGUCUCAGCCGUCUGGAUCACCUCGGCCAGUUUCCUCCUGCACUCACGUGCGCGCCAAAAAACGAUGAGGACUUUUUUCUUUCAAAUUCCCCUUGCAUGAAGUGUC